UUUUGCAAUAAUAUUAAUAGCCACAAGUCUUUUUUUAUUCACCGAAGCUCUAUUGAUUUUUUUUCUUGUGGCAGCGAGUGAGCUAGGACUCAGCUCAGGGCCCACACACAUGAUUGGUAGUCGUGUACAAAAUAUUAGCUUCUCAAGGGUUUUCUGGAAAUCUGUAACAACGUCAUCAAUAACACAGUCGUCGCACUCAAAAAAGAGGAAGAGUGACAUUGCGAAGCCAAACAUCAACAAUAACAAAAUGGCAGAAUUGACAGCGGCCAAAGUCGAGGCAUUCAAGGCCGAGUUCAACUCCGACCCCAAGAACAAGUUGGCUCAGAAUGUUGCGUAUAAGUUUGACCCACUUGAGGUGUGCGUUGACUCGUCCAUUGUGCAGGAAACACAACACGCUUUCCAACAUAAGAUUGCGGAUUGCAAGCCGAUAUCCAAUCAGAAGAACAGUGGCCGUUGUUGGAUUUUCGCAUGCCUGAAUGUCAUGAGGAAUCCAUUCAUGAAGAAAGUCAACAUCGAAGACUUUGAGUUCAGUCAAUCGUACCUCUUCUUCUGGGAUAAGGUUGAGAGGAUGAACUACUUUCUCCACACCUUCGUUGAGGUGUUCCGUCGUGGGGAGCCCGUCGAGGGAAGGCUGGUCAGUUUUCUGCUGUCCGAUCCGACGUGCGAUGGCGGCCAGUGGGACAUGCUGACCAAUCUCAUUGAGAAGUACGGCGUCAUUCCCAGGAAGUGCUUUGCGGAGUCGCACACGUCAUGCGCAUCGAGACGGAUGAAUCUCACUCUGAAAAGCAAGGUGAGAGGUUACGCAAAGCAACUUCAAGAGAUGGUCCAAAACAAAGCCUCAGACGAAGAAAUCAACAAAGAAAUUACAAAAAUGGUCGCGGAGGUCUACCGCAUAUGUUCUAUAUGCUUGGGCACUCCUCCAUCUACAAUAACCUGGGAGUACCACGACAAGAAUAAAGCCUACCACAAGGUUGGGCCGAUCGCUCCAAAGGCAUUCUACGAAGAAUACGUCAAGCCGGUCUUUAACUUACAAGAUAAGAUCUGCAUAGUGAAUGACCCUCGACCCAGCAAUGGCUACGGAAAGGCGUAUACCGUAGAGUAUCUUAGUAACAUGGUGGAAGGACGCAAGACAGUGUACAACAACCAGCCGAUUGAGCUACUCAAGAAAGUCUCUCUAGAAAUGAUCAAAUCUGGGGAGCCGGUAUGGUUCGGCUGCGACGUCGGAAAACACUUUACGGGUAAAACUGGUCUCCUUGAUCUGAAAGCAGUGAACUAUGACCUUGUGUUUGGGGUGACCCUACCAGCGCUUGAUAAAGCCAACAGACUCAUCUUUGGAGAAUCUUUGAUGACUCAUGCUAUGGUGCUCACCGGAGUCUCUACAGAGGAGAAAACUGAAGGCGACUCAGAAACUAGUCAAACAACCAAAUGGAGAAUAGAGAACUCAUGGGGUGAAGAGAGAGGGGACAAAGGUUAUCUCCUAAUGACAGAUGACUGGUUCUCAGAGUUCGUCUACGAGGUCGUAGUCGACAAGAAGUUUUUAUCUCAGGAAAUAAUGGACGUGUUACAGCAGGACCCUGUGGUUCUUCCAGCAUGGGAUCCCAUGGGUUCUCUAGCCUAAUAGAUGGCCGCCAUCAACAGGGGGGUGUUUUGGCGACCAUUUUGAUCCAAAUUUUAUCAAGUGAUUUGUUCUAGGAUACUUACUCGGAUCCUUGCUCACUCAAGCAAAAUUCAGCGCGAGACGGUUAACACACUUUACAAAUGGUUGGACUCUGAUUAUCAAGUACUGCAUGUAAAGCACUCUGCACUAAUGACGCCUCUUUUGCUUAAAAUACCCGGCUGUCAGACAAACAUACCACACCACCUACCUGAUCACUGCGUCAUCGACACUAGUAGUGAAGUUAGUCGUACUGGUAAACAUACAAUUUGGACGUAUGCACGCAUUAGUGAAAUUUGACUCUUUUGUCCAAGAUCCAGGUACUUAAAGCUUCUAUUUUUAGCUUUAGUGCAGACCCUAUUGAUUUACUUGGGCAACAGUCCAACUAAGCUUGGGUGAUAUCGAUUUAUUUUAUUCACGAUAUAUCGCCGACAUUAUAUCGCGAUGUUCGAUAUAAUCGCGAUUAAUUAAAU